CGAAUGCGAUGGAAUGAGCUUGGCCGGGGAAGCCGCGCUUGCCACUUCGGGUUAAGCCAAAACUCUUGUCCUCGCCGCCCUCCAAUUGCUUCAACACUAGGUCACUCUGAAAGUCCGCACGAUGCUCCUCGCUCGAGUAUGGCGCGCCCAGCUGCCCGUCAAGCAGAGUCCUCUGCGCCGUUAUUCCACCCAUAGGACCCGCAACAUUGGCAUCAUAGCCCACAUCGAUGCCGGAAAAACCACCACCACGGAGCGCAUGCUCUACUACAGCGGUUUUACCCGCAGGCUAGGAGACGUCGACGAAGGUUCAACCGUCACGGACUUUCUUCCCGCCGAAAGGGCACGCGGAAUCACCAUUCAAUCCGCCGCCAUCACUUUCCAUUGGCCUCCGCUGCCUCCUGCUUCCGCGCAGCAGCUCGAUGGCCCAGUGGCACUGCCAAGGUCUACUUCUUCGCACAACAUUAACCUUAUCGAUACCCCCGGCCAUGCCGACUUUACCUUUGAAGUUUUACGUUCACUACGCAUCCUUGACGGCGCUGUCUGCAUCCUAGAUGGCGUUGCCGGUGUCGAGGCCCAGACUGAAAAGGUCUGGAAACAAGCCAACCAGUACCAGAUUCCCAAGAUCAUCUUCGUCAACAAGCUCGACCGUGAUGGUGCAGCUUUCGAGCGGACGAUCAAAGAGAUCGGCAUGCGGCUGCACUGUUGGCCGGCCAUUUGCCAAAUCCCUUGGUGGAAGAAUGGCGACGGAAAGCUCGUUGGUGUGGGUGAUGUUGUCAAUAUGCGUGGCAUGCUGUGGGAAGAAGGCGGCGAUGGCAAAUCUGUCAAACUGCUCACUUUGAAGGAUCUCGAAGCUACCAAUCCUAAGCUGGCAUCCGAACUUAAAAAUGCCAGAAUAGCUCUAGUUGAGCUUCUGAGCGAACAUGAUGACGAGAUGGUUGAAAAGUUCCUCGAAUACAACGAGGAUCAUCUGGCUUUCACCGGCAUUGAACUGACCGAAGCGCUUCGGAGAUGCAUCCUUCAGUACCCUCAGAAGAUCGUCCCAACAUUCGCAGGAGCCAGUUUCCGUAACAUUGGUGUCCAGCCUCUACUGGAUGCAGUUAUCGAUCUCCUGCCGUCUCCCGAAGAGCGUCCUGAUGCUGGUGUCAAACUUGGGGGUGUGAGUGGCGGUCUGAGUGACCUUCUGAGCGGAAAGCUCGCCCUCGCUCUCCCACAAAAAGAGGAAAAGAAAAAGAAGAAGUCGGCAGCUAAAUCUAAAGCACCAGAUGCGUCGAUAGUCCAAAAGCUUCAGGCUUGUGCAUUGGCAUUCAAAGUGGUUAACGACAGCAAACGCGGCGUUCUUGUGUACGUCAGAGUAUACUCUGGAACUCUUACCCGCCAAACGGUCCUAUACAACACCAAUCUCGGCUUGUCAGAAAAGGCACCACGGUUGUUCAAGAUGUAUGCCAAUGACGCCGUGGAGGUUGACGAAAUCCCCGCAGGCCAAAUUGGUGUGAUUCCAGGACUCAAGCAUGCCCGCACUGGAGACACUUUGAUCGUUUACACAGGAGCCAACCCGAAGGUCGGGCCACCAGCUCCCCUCAAUUCCUUACAGCUUCGGCCGAUAGCUGUACCACCGCCUGUUUUCUUCACCAGCGUGGAACCAAACAGCCUCUCUGAAGAGAAGCACCUGGCUGAUACUCUUGCUUUGCUACUUCGUGAGGACCCCAGUCUGCAUGUCUCCCAGGACGCUGAAAGCGGACAAACACAUCUUGCCGGCAUGGGAGAGUUGCACCUGGAAAUCGCGCGUGAUCGGCUGAUCAACGAUUUCAAGGCCAAGGCAUCAACUGGCAAGAUUGAGAUUGGAUACCGCGAAGCCAUCACUGUGCCUUCAGCCCAAGUCACCGAAGUCUUGGACCGCGAGAUUGCGGGCAAGCACGCUCGCGCUACAUGCACAGCGAGCGUUUCCCCGCUCGACGCUACGAGUCCUCCAGUCAUCGACGAUGAAGACACCACGGUCUUGCAACUCGACUCCAACACACUGAUCGUGCGCCACCCGACGCUCAACCGCGACGGCACCGGCGUCUCCUCCGAAGAUCCUGACCUCCCCACCGAACUCACCUUUACGCUCCUCCUCUCGGCUCUGCAAACUGGCGCCUCUGCCGCCCUGGCCCGCGGCCCAGAAUACCGCUUCCCCAUGCACUCCACGGUCGUCGAGGUCUUCCUCAACCCCGCUACCCAGUUCGUCUCGGACACGACUCCCGCCGCCAUCUCCGGUGCGACGCGCCUCGCCGUCGCUGCCGCCCUCCGCAGUGCGCAGAGCAAGAGCACGCCGGUGCUCAUGGAGCCCGUCAUGCGCGUGGGCAUCACAGUCAACGAGAGCGACCUAGGCGCCGUGGUGCACGACAUCAGCUCAGCACGCGGCGGGCAGAUCAUGUCGCUCGACGAAGAAGGCGACGGCAGCGACAGCAGCAGCAGCGGUGCUGACUACGCGGCCGAGGACGUGCAAGCGCAGGGCGCCCAGGCCGCAGAGGAGCUGCUCUCGAUCGACCCGGCGCGCAUCUACGCGCCGCCCGACCCGUUUGGCUCGUCCUCGUCGGCGGGUGGCAGCGGGCAGUUCGGCUCUGCCCACGUCGAUCGCCAGAGACAGGUCGCGGCUAGGGUGCCCCUGAAGGAAAUGGUGGGCUAUUUGCGCCAUUUGCGCAGCUUGACGGGCGGUAGGGGCACGUUUGUUAUGGCUGUUGAUCGGUUUGAGCGCAUGAGCGGGCAGCGGCAGAAGGCGGUAUUACUGGAGAUGAGGGGGGAUUAUUUGUAGGGCGAGGGUGUGUGUUUAUGGGGGGUUGUUGGUGCAUGUAUGUAUAUCUGGUUGAAAAAUAAUUCCUCUCUAUAGCUCAUAACUCUUUCUUUCAAACAAAAGCCACCACCAAGUCUCCUCUCACUCACCCACUCAGUCAGUCAGUCAUUCACUAACUCACAACUUCGCCUUCCCCUCCUUCUCCUUCUCCUCCUUCGCCUUCCUCGCCUUCUCAGCCUCCUCGGCCUCAAACCAC